CACUAGAGCUACAAUAGAGAGGCAAUUGAAUUCUGAUGCCUGCGCUCGCGCUCUAGAGAAACAGUCGGCGCGCUCACGCCCAGCAGUCGACCCAAGUCAUGCUCAAGUCAACUCUCUGUCUGCUGCCUUUUGCGCUACUGACUGUCGCUCAGUCGACCUCCUACGUUCCAACCACUUCGUACGACGUCCAAGAUUACGGAAAUUGCUACAGCAAUCUGCCUCGUCCGCCUGUCGGCGGCGAGUUUCGCAUCAAUGCGAUGAAGAUGGGCGUUGUUUCGUUGACAUACUCGUGCAAAUCGAGAUACAAUCUCGUUGGUAAAGCGGUCGUUAGUUGUCGUAGCGGACGGUGGCCGAACAAGUUGCCAACAUGCAAGUUUAACUAUCGACGAUGUUACGCAAAGUUUCCUCCUGCACCGCAGUUUGGCUACAUUCUGAAGCAAAAAUAUCGUGACAAAGCGACUGCAUGCUACAAGUGUGAAAAAGGUUACAAGCUUGUGGGACCAUCGACUAUCGUAUGCACUGCCAAGAAAGGACUACAACUAUACAACAAAGCUCCGCCACAAUGCCAUCUUGACGUAAAUACUGAAAAAACGUGCAGCUUCAGCUCGUACGACAGCGGCUGUCAGUAUCUUACUGACAGCGAAAGGCCAAACAGAUGGCAACUAGAGGUGCAGAAGUGCGUACGGAAGCAGCAACAGUUUCAAUUUACGACCAAGCAAAAGCCCAUCUUGGCAAUAAGACUGAGAAAUUCAAGUUUGAGUGUUGAUCCGUUAAUGGAAAAAUUUGAAAAUUUUUCAGAAACGCCAACACCGACGCCAACACCGUCUGUUUAUUAUUAUUAUUACUAUGGCAGGUAUGGGAGGAAUGCCGACUCGAAGACGUGCAGGAAAAAUUUCAGGAAUGCGACGGCCGUUCUUGUGUUGCGCCCUGCACUUGUCGUGAAGAGAGCUACACAUCCGAGCGUCUUAGUGGACGAGAUACUUGAAGUCGGUGUACUAGGAAUAUCGGUGGCUCAUUUCAUCAAGUUUACUAUCGAGGCUCCACUACAUGCGGUAGCAUACGGGUUACAGGUGUCCGGCCAUUGCCUUCCAGACCCACCCGGUAGCUUGUACCUUGCGUAUACCCUGCCUCCUUCACCCCACAGUGCCGUUCAUAGAGAUUUCUGCAUCAAGCUACGUAAUCGAGUCCGCUGCAGCUCACGACGCAAUUUCCACUUCUUUGUCAGAAUUCGCUUUUUGGCUUUGUUUCGACCGAGCAUACCGAGCGACGCAGGUGUACUCAGAAUAACUCCAAAAGGGGCAUCUCGUUCAGUCUGUGCUGGAUUUAGUCAAGAAGACAAUCCGUAGCUGCAAAUUGGCUCUUGCUGUCUUUCUGUCCGAAUUAUCAAUGUUCGUUUCGGUCGACCGAUUGACUCUGUUGCUUGACGUUCGAGAUUAGUAUAGUAUGAUGGCUCUGCAUGAGUUUCAAUGAGAAGCUGCUGUCUUGUUGCGGCAUUGUCUCUCUGCUGUAGAGAUCACUGCAAUUGCAUAAAAAUAUCCAGACGCUAAAUACAAGUGAGUGACACGAUGUUUCAAGUUGUGGA